AUGGCGUCGAGUAACAAAAAAUGCGUAAGAAGUACAAAGAAGUCUACACUUCUCUCGUGGGGAUACAAUGAUUGGCUUGAGAUUUUAGAAUCUGAGACUCGAAAUGGAAGUACGUUUGUGACAAAGGUUCGAUGUAAGAUCUGUUUGAAAUACGAGUCAAAAAUAAAAGCGCAACGGAACUACAACAGUGCAUGGUGCUCUGGUACAUCUAAUACUAAGAAAGACACUGUAACAACCCAUCUCAACAGUGACUCACACAAAUUGGCUAGGAAACUAGAGCAAGAGGAAGAGUUUAGGAUGACAGCUGGUCCGCUCCCUUCAUAUGCUGCAACAACAAUCKGCAGAGCAAKUUACAAGCUGAACGAAASAGAGAAGGAAAGAAUUUCUAAGUUGUUAGAAAUUGCAUAUGUUGUUGCAAAAGAAGAACUUCCAUUUACAAAGUAUGUUCAAAUUGCUAAAUUGGAGAAAAAACAUGGAGUUGAUUUGGGAGUUACCUACCUGAACGAUCAUGCAUGUGCAGAAUCUAUUGACUCCAUUGCAGAAGUGUAUGAAGAAGAGUUAAAUCAGUUGCUGCAAAAGAAAGUCCACCACAUUUCAAUUUUGGUUGAUGGCAGCACAGAUUCAAGUAACACAGAGAAAGAACUGAUUUACAUUCUAUAUCUGGAUCCUGUGCAAGGAAAACCAAAGAUCAGAUUUUUUUCACUUAAAAAGGUUGACCAUGCUACAUCUGAAGGAUUGCUUGAAACAAUAAGAAAUGCACUAAAAGAUCAUGGUAUACCUUCACUAAAGGAACACAUUGUGGGACUUGGGGCUGAUGGAGCAUCAGUCAACUUUGGAUUAAGGGGAGGACUUGCCACUCUUAUGAAAAAUGAGGGCAUUGAUUGGCUAGUCCCAGUUCACUGUGUGAGUCAUAAACUUGAGCUGGGCAUAGCGGAUGCUCUGAAGCCAACAACAGUGUUUUCUGACAUUAAUGAUAUGAUUGUUAAAGUGUACUACUUAUACAAAAACAGCCCAAAGAAGAUGAGACAGCUCAAAGGGUUAGGAGAAGCUUUGGAAAUGUCAGUAUCUCCACCAGUCAAAGCCCAGGGUACUAGGUGGCUGGAACAUAAAAUACGGGCAUUAAGCUGGAUAAGUAAGAACUAUGGCCUUCUCAUUACUCACUUCAGCCAUAUGAGUGAAGAUACCACAUACAAAAGCACAGACAGGGCAAAGUUCAAGGGAAUGUAUGAUAAAUACAGGAAUGCCAAGUUUCCAUUGAUCAUGGAAAAGCUAAAUGCAUCAAGUGAACUUAUUUUUUCCACUGGUCGUGUCAAGAGAUUUAUUGAGCAGAUUGACACUUCUGACUAUGUGUAUCAGGAAGUCAAACUGACGUAUGCUGACCAGGCCAAGACAAGUCUUCAAAAUGCCAACAAUGAUAUCCUCUGUAGUAUCCUUGACUGCUUCAAUGAAAGAUUUGACAAGUCCRACAGUGUGUUCAAUGCACUUGUUAAAGUACUMGAUACUGAACUUUAUCCACAAGCAGAAGCAAACAAUUCUUCAACAUAUGGGUUAGAGGAGUUGAGGCUGCUUGUUAAAAGGUUUCAAGAAAUCCUGACUGCAAAUGGAUGUGAUGUAACGAGGAUUGAAAGUGAGUGGGAUGAUGUAAAGGAAUUAGUGGCAACAACAGGGCUGAAAGAUGCAAAGYAUACURAUACAUGGGCAAAACKUUUCACUUCCUCAAAGAAAGACUCACUCAGCAAUAUUCUACAUCUUGUUGAGAUUCUGUUAGUUGUUCCCAUCAGCAAUGCCACUCUUGAGCGAUUGUUCUCAGCAAUGAAUCGUGUGCACACUGACUGGAGAAAUUGUUUAGGAGAAAAGAGAGUUGAAAAUCUGCUUAGAAUCUUUGAGGAGGGAAGUGCAAUAGAACAAUAUGAUCCAAAAGCAGCACUCUUAAGAUGGUGUAAUAAGUGUGCCACUCAAAGAAGACCUUCUGUACAACCAAGUGGACCAAGAAAACAACCAACAGCUUCUGGAUCAAAGAGAACCCUACCUCAAUCAGAUGUUAUUGAAACUGCCAAAAAACUAUUAUUGAUAGAAGAGGAUGAUGCAUGA